AACAAAAACCUCGUAUCUUUCCUUCCCAGUAUCUAUCUAUCUAUCCAUCCAUCCUUCCUCAAAAUGGCUAUGGCAGUAUGGCCGAUUGAUUGUGUACCUGCCCAAUGCCAACAAACCAUAAACAAAACAAAAGUACUAAAAUACUAAAUAAAGCCGUUUACCUGCAAAUUUGGUCUCUGUCUGAACUUUCCUAAAAGACUUUUCCAGCGAGUAGGAAUCAGGCAGGAAAACCCCCCCAACCUACUUUCUCCCAAAUUCAUUCCCCCUGCAACAAGAAAGAUACAACUUUCUCUCUCCUCUCUCUACAUAUAAAGCAGCUGCUUUUUUUUUCCCCGGUACUGUUGGGGGUUUGUUUGACUGUUGUUAGGGUUUGGAGAUGUCGGAGUAAAUAAGGGUUUUUUUUUGUUGUUGUAUUCCGGCGUGAUUUCGUGUUGGCGAUGUUGAUGGCAGACGAAAGGUCGGACCUUUGGAACUUCGAGGAUCUGACGGCCGGCACCGAUUUUGGUGGAUUCGACAUCAAUUGUCUAUUGGACUUAAUGGAUGAUCGUCCCGAUCCAGUGCAGAAUCAUUCAGAAGAUAUGUUAGUUGUAAAACAGCAACAAGGUAUGCCGGCUUCGAUUUUUGGCAAUAAUGAACAACACUCCCAGCUUCAAACAGUAUACCCGGCGACAUCUACGUUUGGGGCUGAGUUUGCAGGAUCUGGUACAUUUUCUACUUCAUACAACUCUGAAGUAUUGGAUUAUAGGGCUGGUGUUUCAGGUGGUUCUUUUGAAUCUGUGGGGAACUUCGUCAGCUAUGAUUGUGGAAAGCAGAAUGCUUCAGGUCAGACUGGUUCUCUAAUGGAUAGCUGGCCUGUAAGUCUUCCAGAUGCAGGUCGGAUAUUGCCAGUUCCAGAUGGAUCUCACUGCCCCUUGUUGGAGAAGUCAGAUGUUAAUUAUGCAUAUUGUGUUCCAGCUGAAAACAGCUUUCAAACCUUUGGGAGACCAGAGAUCAUGGAAUCCUGCAUGAUGGAUAUGAAUAGGCCUGUGCCUUGGAUUGAUAGUUUUGAUUUUCAAUUUAUGUUUGACAACAAUGAAACUGUUAGCUAUAUGAAGGAUGAACGGGAGGAUCUCUCAUCUAAGAUUGCAGAAAAAUAUGGUGCGAUCAUGUCAGAGGCCCAAGUGGGAAGCGAUGGUGGAGCAGUCUUGGGAGCACCAAUGACCGGCGGCAACAGAGUUAGUGGGUUUAGUAGUAACUGCAAAGAAAAUAACAUUAGAUCACCCACACGUGGGCAUUCUUUCAUGAAAACCAAUUGUAAACCUAUCAUUGACAUGAUGUUGUCACCAGCUUUGCCUUGUACUCCUUCAUAUGCGCCUAGAAAAAAACAAGUUACUAUAAAGGAUGAAACAACUAAUGAAUUGGUUGCAUCUCGGAGAAUGCCAACACAAUUGUUGCCACCUAAUCUACCUUCCAAUUCAAAGAGGAAGCUGUUGGUUCAUUCAAAGGAUGAAAAAGAAGAUAUGAAUUUUGCAUCUGAAAGAGCUUUUCCUGUUGCUGGUGAUCAUGGUAUUGAUGGACAGGUCUCAGAGCAGUCUUGCAGCCAGCCAUCUACUCCGAUAAAGAUGCAGUUAGGUAACUUAGGGUGCACAAAAGUUGAAAAUGGAAGUAAAUUGAUUCAGCCCAAGAGUUUGGGUACCCAUCUUUCGAAGGUCAGCUGCCAAACAAUAUGCAGUAAUGCCAGGGUUAGCUCGCAUGGUGAAGAUGGCUCGGAUGUGUGUAUUAUCCUUGAUAGAUUUGAACCUUCACCAACUGAAAUGUGUCCAGUGAAUAGGAAAUCCCUCGUCUCUUUGCAGCAUUCUACGUAUACUGAGCCCAUUAAUCACGUGGCAGCGGCAGGUGUAAAGCUUAGAGCAAAUGAUGAACGCCUAAUUUAUCGAGUAGCAUUACAGGAUCUUUCUCAGCCUAAAACUGAAGCUACUCCACCAGAUGGUGUUCUGGCAGUGCCACUUUUAAGACACCAGAGAAUUGCUUUGGCUUGGAUGGUCAAGAAGGAGACAGCUAGCUUACACUGCUCUGGAGGAAUUCUUGCAGACGAUCAGGGACUGGGAAAAACAAUAUCAACAAUCGCUCUUAUACUCAAGGAAAGGGCUCCGUCGUCCAAAGCUUGUCCAGAUAAUUUGAAACCCAAUGAAAUGGAACCCUUAAAUCUGGACGAAGAUGAUGGUUGUGUGCCUCACCUUGACAGAUCAAAGCAGGAUGUUGAAUCAUGUGGAGUUGUGUCUAAUGGAGCUUCACUCAACCACAGGGACACUUCCGUGCAAGCAAAGGGUAGGCCAGCUGCUGGAACCCUUGUUGUAUGUCCUACGAGUGUCCUAAGGCAAUGGGCUGAUGAAUUGCACAAUAAGGUGACUAGGAAAGCAAAUCUAUCUGUUUUAGUAUAUCAUGGAAGCAAUCGAACGAAAGAUCCUUUCGAGCUGGCCAAGUAUGAUGUUGUUCUUACAACAUAUGCAAUUGUAAGCACAGAGGUCCCAAAGCAGCCUCUUGUUGAUAAAGAUGAUGUAGUUCAUCCUACGGGACUUUCAUCCAGUAACAAGAGGAAAUAUCCUCCUAGUUCUAACAAAAAAUCUUUGAAGGGUAAGAAGAAGGGAAUGGAUGAUGCAUUGCUUGAAUCUGCUGCUCGUCCUCUUGCUAGGGUUGGAUGGUUUAGGGUUGUUCUGGAUGAGGCACAGAGCAUAAAAAAUCAUAGAACUCAAGCAGCUAGGGCUUGUUGGGGGCUCCGUGCUAAGCGCAGGUGGUGCUUAUCUGGGACCCCUAUCCAGAAUGCUGUUGACGAUCUCUAUAGCUACUUCAGAUUUCUCAGAUACGAUCCGUACGCUGUGUAUAAGUUAUUCUGCUCCACGAUAAAGUUCCAGAUCAAUAGGAAUCCAACGAAGGGUUACAAAAAGCUACAAGCUGUCUUGAAGACAAUAAUGCUUCGUCGUACAAAAGGCACACUUCUUGACGGGGAACCCAUCAUCAACUUACCACCCAAAUCAGUAGAACUGAGGAAAGUGGAUUUUACAAAGGAGGAGCGCGAUUUCUACUGCAGACUAGAGGCUGAUUCGAGAGCUCAGUUUGCAGAAUAUGCGGCUGCUGGAACUGUCAAACAAAAUUACGUCAACAUUUUGUUGAUGCUCUUGCGCCUUCGACAAGCUUGUGAUCAUCCUCUUCUUGUGAGGGGAUACAAAUCUAGUUCCACAUGGAAAUCAUCAGUUGAAGUGGCGAAGAAGCUUCCUCAGGAGAAGCAAGUUUGUCUUCUGAAGUGCUUGGAAGAUUCUUUGGCUAUUUGCGGCAUAUGCAAUGACCCGCCUGAGGAUGCUGUUGUCACAAGCUGUGGGCAUGUCUUUUGUAACCAAUGUGUUUGUGAGCAUAUUUCCGGUGAUGACAACCAGUGCCCCACCAGAAAUUGCAAAGCUAGACUCGGUUUAUCAUCGGUGUUUUCAAGUGCCACCUUAAAAUGUUCUCUCUCUGAGCAAUCUGGUCAAGAUAGUAUUCCUGAUUGUUUCAGUUCUCAAGCCUCUGAUAAGCUUGAGCCUUUUCAGUGGAGUCCAUUUCAUUCCUCAAAAAUCAAGGCUGCUCUUGAGGUGCUGCAAACACUAUCCAAGCCAAGCUUAUCCUUGCCAAGCCUAUCAUCAGAAAACUCUGAUCCUCUUUCAAGUGGGUUAGAGCGGUAUCUGCUUGAUAACAGAAACUCAGAUUUGGAUAAUGGUCUGAAUGAGUCGCUUAAAGUAGCCGGAGAGAAAGCAAUAGUCUUCUCUCAGUGGACAAGGAUGUUGGAUUUGCUUGAAACUUGUCUUAAGGAUUCUUCCAUUCAGUACAGGAGGCUUGAUGGUACGAUGACUGUUGCUGCUAGAGAUAAAGCUGUGAAAGAUUUUAACACUCUUCCUGAGGUGUCCGUCAUGAUUAUGUCCUUGAAAGCAGCUAGUCUUGGACUGAACAUGGUUGCAGCUUGUCGUGUUCUUCUUCUUGACCUCUGGUGGAACCCUACAACUGAAGAUCAAGCGGUGGAUAGAGCCCAUCGGAUUGGACAGACCCGUCCGGUUACAGUUUUGCGGUUGACGGUUAAAGACACAGUUGAAGAUCGCAUCUUAGCUCUCCAGCAAAAGAAGAGAGUGAUGGUUGCUUCGGCAUUUGGUGAGGACGAGAAGGGUAGUGGUCAGACUCGCCUUACGGUAGAGGACUUGAAGUACCUGUUCAUGGCCUAACUUGGGUAUUUCUUAUCUAUUCAUUGGACCCUCUUUUUGAUUUGUGUUCUACAAAUUCGUUAUCAGCAGCAGCACAGUUGAAGCCUUUUUUUAACAGAAUGCAGUUACUAGAAUAGAAAACUCCCGACUUGGUUGGGGGCAUUUGUUGGAGAAUUGACAUGAUCAUAUUUUUGACAUUCAUUUUUUGUCUUGACUAAUUGUAUAGAGCAUUUGGAGUACUGAUUAUAGGAGCCCCUGUAGUUUUCUUCUUCUCCUUCUUCUUCUUCUUCUUCUUCUCUCUCUCUCUCUCUCUCUCUCUCUCUCUCUCUCCCAAACUGUAAAGGAUCCAGUUGUCUUUCAUUUAUCCACAUACAGAUACUGCUAACCAUCGUGUGUUGAUUGGUUGAUGUGAUUAUUUAUGUAUUUUCCUCUCUUGGUUCCUUUU